UCGCAAGAAAUAUCAGUGAACUGUAUAUUCCUAUAGUGACAACAUGAAAAUUUUUGUGGUAGUCCUGACCUUGUGUGUGGCCUAUGCCAGUGCUGGCUCCUUGUCGUCGGCAGCCCAACGUUUGAUACCCAGUUUUGCUACGGGUUACAUCAUCAAGGGUGAAGAUGCUGAACCUCACUCGGCUCCCUAUAUUGUAUCGUUAAGUCGUACCUCGAAACACUCGCACAUUUGUGGUGGCAGUUUGAUUAACAAGAACUGGAUCCUUACGGCUGCCCAUUGUAUUAGCAACCCCGUGGGUAUGGGCAUUGUUGCUGGUCUCCAUAAGCGUACGACCUUUGAUGAAAAGACCCAGGCUCGUGUUGUCGAUUAUGGUGUAGUGCAUGAAAAAUACACAGGCGGUGUGGGACCCUACGAUAUUGCCAUGUUACAUGUCUCCCAACCCUUCGAAUUCAAUGAAUGGGUAAAACCGGUGGCCCUGCCAGCUCCUGAGGAAAUUCAUGAUGGUGAAACUCAUUUGUAUGGUUGGGGUCAACCUAAAUCGUAUGUCUUUACCGCUGCCAGUACCCUGCAAACGGUGACCACUCAAAUUGUGGAAUUCAAUAAGUGCAAGGCUACCUUGCCCGACGAUGCUCCUUUGCAUGAAACCAAUGUUUGCUCCGAUUCUUUGCAACAAAGUAUUUCCGCCUGUAAUGGUGAUUCUGGUGGCCCAUUGGUCAAGGAAUUCGCUGACAAAGGUGAUGCCGAAUUGAUUGGUAUUGUCUCGUGGGGUUAUAUUCCUUGCGGUUUGGCUCAAAUGCCUUCGAUCUAUACUCGUGUCUCGGCCUAUAUUCCAUGGAUCCAAGGUGUCCAAAGCAGAUUUUUCUCGGCUAUGGUAGGAGAAUAUUGAAGAAAUGGUGAAACGAUUUAAUAAAAAUUACGAACAUUUGAAAUAAA